GUUUCCCCACAGUAUCGAGUAAAUAUUUGCGCAGUUCAUUAAUUUCAAUUGUGUAAAAUUGUGUGAAUCAUUCAAGUCGUGUGAAAAAAAUUUUGCUUAAGAAAAAGAAAUUUAAAUAUAUUUCGUGAACGCUUCCGCAAGUAUUUUUAAUAUUUAUAUUUUUGACGAAGAAAAAAUAAAAUAAAUAUGAGGAAGAUAUUUUAUCUUCUGUUAGUGGUGUUCCUAUCAAUACAAAAUGUUGUGGAAUGUAAAAGGACUUUGAGUGGAGGUAGCAGAAAGACAGGCUCCAGUUCAAGCAGUUAUUCAUCAAGAAGGACUAGUAAUACAAACACACAGCGAACACAAAGUUAUGCUACAAGUAGACCAGCCACUAGUAGACCAGCUACAUAUAAUUCUAAUACUUAUAAUAAACCAAGUCCAAAUGCAGACAAUACAAGACUAUCUUACAGUGGAAACACUUAUUCACAACCGAACAAGCCUUCUGCACCAGCACCACCACCAUAUAGCUCCGUAAAUAAAAACCAAGCUCCACCACCAUACAGCUCAGUUAAUAACCCGUCCUCAAUCAGCAGAAAUCAAGCUCCACCUGCUUAUAGUGCAAAUAGCCCUGUAGGUCACAGUACACUUCAGCAGGCAAGUUAUCCUCGGCAAAGCUAUGCAAAUAAUCAUCCACCACCAUCAUACGGACAACCAUCAUAUCACCAACCAGGUCAUUUACCACCUGGAGCUACAAUGUAUUCAGGACCACCUGGUAUGCCCCAUGGUCAACCUACAUAUUAUCAACCUGGACAUGUGCCAGCCGGUGCAACCAUGUAUGGUGGUGGUGGAGGAUAUCAUCCAGCACCUGUUGCUCCUCCAACAUAUUAUUCGCCUGGAGCUCUUCCACCCGGUGCAGUUCUUUACCCAGCUGGUCAGGCACCUAAAAGUUCAGGUCCAGGAUUCGGUACAGGUCUAGUAGCCGGUGCAGUUGGUGGAGCUAUUUUAGGACAUGUAUUAACACCAACACACAGCAGGGAAUAUGUUCGACCAGCUAGUAGUGUUUCAAGCGCACCAGCAGAUAAUGAUAGAAUUAUUAUUAUAAAUAAUGGGCCACCAGGUUCAGUUACUACAAACGCCGAUGGAACAACUGUAAUUAAUAAUGGAGGUGGAGCAGCUGUUGCUGCUGCGCCAAUGGCUCCAAUGUCACCACAGGAUCCACCAACUCCACUAGCACCAUUCCAACCAGGAUCAACCCAAGAAGUAAAUAAUCCUCAAAGUGCGCCAACAAAUAAUGCUGAGGCACCAGCAGCUGCAGCAUUGGCUCCUGCCGCAGUUGCAGCUGGAGCAGCUGUUGCAGAUCCUGCUGCUGGCGCAAAUAGCACAAAUGCGCAACCAGCAGGGCCACCACCUGGUAGUAUAGCUUGUUAUCCUAUAAUGGUUAAUCAAACAGAUCCAUCCGAUCCAACUAAAGUAACGCAAGUUGAACAAAUUGCUUGUUAUGAAGUACCUGCUAAUCCACCUCCACCAUCAGAUCAACAACAACAAACUUCUCCACAACAACCGCAAACAGAAGUGCGAGCAGAAAUGAAUAAUCAUCCAUCCUCAACAACAACUGAAUACAUGACACAAAAGACAUCAUCAGCUACUGUAGCUGAAAGUGCCCAAAUUAAACAAAGUGGAGCUCUUAAUAAUCAGCCAGUUUCACUUUGGACUGCUUUAACAUUUACAAUUUUUGUUUCAUGCAGUAAAUUCUUAAUGUCGUAAAAACAUUGUUCGUAUUCAUAAUACAAAGCAAUUAUAGCUAAACAACACAAAAAUUAGAAAACCAUUCAAGGUUUAAAUUUCGUCUGCCAGAAAAUUAUAAAAAUUUUGAAAAAAAAUCUACACAAAUUUACAUUGUUUUUCUACAAUAGUUACCUAUAUAAAAAUUUUGCGAAAAUUCAUCAAAAAAGUGACCAAUAAAAAUUUUUAAACUAUCAAUCACAAGAUACAAUUUAAAUGCAAUAGUAAAUUAAAAUUGGUAUAAUAACUAAAGACUCUAAAAUGACUUUCUUAUAAAUUUUUGACAAUUUUAAAUGCAUUGUAUUUCACGUAUAAUAUAACUGAUGCAUUCGGAAAGAAGUUGUAUUCUUUUUCUAAUGAAAUAUAGCUUUGAAGAAGAAGAUUAAAUAAUACAAAUAGAAGUGUCAUACAAAUGGAAUGUUGUAUAGAAAUUUGUAAAAUUUUUUAUGUUUAUGUAAAUCAGUUAGUAAAUUUUAAAUAUAAUUAUACGGGAAUACUUGCA